ACCUGCACAAAUUUGAAUGUGUCUUUUUAGUAUACGUUUGCAUCGUUAGUUGAACACUUCUACAAGCUGUGAAUAAAAGUGCAUUUUUGCAUCGUAUCGCGUUUGUUGAAAACAAAUUUGACCAUCCAUCGAGUGCUAAACAUCCGAAAAAAUGAAUAAAUGGCUUUGCUUAUGGUUUUUGUUAUUGCCAUCAGUCUUAAAGGCACAUUAUUUGCACGAAUGUAAAGAGGGUUAUAGAAAAUUUCAAAUAGUUUGCACUUUUGUAAACAUCAGAAGAAACAAUACAAUACAAAAUGCAGCUUUCGAAAUGCGCUCGAAUCAAUACAUUAGAACAGUGAUAUUUGAAAAUUCAACUAUAUCUGAACUACCACGUACAAUUUUUCAAAAAUUACCAAAUUUGGAAAAUCUUACAAUGAGCAACGUUGGACUAAUAGAUGAAUUGCACAAGUAUUCAUUUGAAAAGGCGAAUGCUUUAAUCAUACUAAAUCUCAUGAAAAAUAAUUUGACAGCUGUGGAAAAACAUACCUUUUCUGAAGCAAAAAAAAUACAAAUCAUCGAUUUAUCAUAUAAUUCAAUAUCAAAAGUUGACGUCUUGGCGUUUGAAACAACAAAUUUAAGACGUUUAACUUUAUCACAAAACUUACUUGAAAGUUUACCUAACGAAAUUUUUAACAAAGUACAAAAUAUUUCCAUGAUAGAUUUAUCGUAUAAUAAAUUAAGAGACAUAGAAAGACAUCUCUUCAUAAACUGUAAGAAGUUGCAAAAUUUAAAUUUACAGGGCAAUCAUUUGAAACAUAUUGCACUUACACUGCCAUUCACAGUGCGUAGUUUAGAUUUUUCCGACAAUCGUAUUGAAGACAUUUUCAUCGAACCGAUUCACAAUCGUACAAAUAUAGAUCUCAGAGAACUCCUUAGGUUCAUUGCAAACAACAAUUCAAUCAAUAGUUUUGAUGUACAUACGGAUUUUAUCUUAACAUACGUUGAUUUGACACAAAACAAUCUGAGUGACAUCAAAAACAUUAGCAAAAUGUCCACAAUAAUUGAAUUAAGCCUUGCUUUUAAUCCUGAUAUUGGUGAAUUGCCUUUGAAUGUUUUCGAAAAUAUGACAAGCUUAUUGUCUCUCAACUUGGAACACACAAAUUUAGGUCGUUUGGAUUUCGGAACAUUCUCACAAACGACAAAACUUAGAAGUUUGGAUAUUUCUUACAAUAAUUUGGAUGAAAUUGAUUUAGAUAUGUUAGCUGCACUUUCAUCCUUAGAGGAAAUAUCAUUAAUAGGUAAUAAUUUGACGAAAUUGGAGUACAAUGGAUUAAUAGAGCUAUUUCCAAAACUUCGAUUUAUUGGCAUUUCUAAUAAUAACUUUGAAUGUAAAAAUUUGGCAAAUAUAUUAAAGUAUUUGAACAAACAAAACAUUCGACUGCUCGAAGAUCCUUACAAGGAAAAUCAUUUAAUGGGACAAAAUCUUAAAGGAAUUUCUUGCCACAACACACCCGCAGUUUUACAUACAGAGAAACAAAUUCAAGACAUAAAUGAUAUUCAAGAAACAAAAGCACGCCUUGCUAAAAUUAGCGGAAGAAAAGAAACACGAACGAUAGAUUCAGAUGCUCGAGUGAAAGAUGAGGGUUCAAGUGCCGACGUUAAAGCCAUCAAGAUCAUGGUUUUUACUUUGUUACUAAUUAACUUGAUUUUCUUCGGUAUAAAGUUGGGGCGUUACUUAAAAACCAAAAAAAGCUCACAUUCUAUGCGUUUGAGUGGUGCAAUCCAAGAAGAGAAUCUUAUGGAAGAUUUGGUUUCAUAACAAAUAAAGAAAAAUCACAUUUUCUCAUAAAUAUACAGCGCAUUUAUAA